AUGAGGCUGGCAAAUGCCUAUAUAUUUACAAAUCGGGAUCCAACAGAUCAGGAUACGAAGAACACUAUAGCCAUAGCAGAUAUUGUGCCACUACCGGGUCUCACAAAGGAAAAUUAUCGUAUAGUUGUACAUCGUUUAAAUAAUCCCGAUGCUAAUUUGAUGCAUCACGCCGAAGACACUAAAACCUACAUAAUGCUGAACGACUGCCGUUUCAGUUUACCGGAUGCAGUGGUCGAUGGUGUCCCUGUCCUCUCAGCCGGUGAUGUUCACAUUAGUGAUAUGUCAUGUCACAGUAUGGCUCAUAUGCGCCGCAUGUCAUUGCGUAUUUUACGAACAAUGUUGAAAUUUGUACAGGAGGCAUAUCCGGUACGAAUUAAGGCCAUCCAUAUGGUCAACUGUCCGUCGUAUAUGAAUAAAAUAUUGGCAUUCAUAAGGCCAUUUGUUAGUAAAAGGGUGUUUGAAUUGAUGCACUUCCACACAUCGGGCAUAGAGAGUCUCUAUGAAUUUAUACCCCAGGAGAUGCUACCGGAAGAAUAUGGUGGCUCUGCAGGUAAAUUGGAAGAUCUGAAAGCCAAAUUUUUGGAAACUAUUUUAGAAAAGAGAGAUUAUCUUAUGGAUCCACAAUAUUGGGAACUUGACGAGGAUGAGGAUUAA